AUGAACCGUUUUGGUGAUAUCGAUACUUCAAAUAAAAGACUCCCGCCUGUUUAUGGUUAUCGUAGUGAGAAACUUGUUUCUAUUGAAAAAGCGCUAGAACCUAUCAUACCUCACAUUGAUGAACUGCCAUAUUACAUAAAAAUAGCUAAAAAACACUGCCAUUUCCCAUCAGAACAUGGACUAACACAAGAUGAAUCUGCUGCUGUGUAUAUUUAUACAAUGGAAUGGGGCGAUACUACAUUGUAUCGCGUUUUGAAUAGAGCAUUACGAUCAGAAAAUCGACAAGCACUAAAGAUAUGGUUUCCGUACAUGAAACUAUUUGACACAGCAUUAGAUAAGCUACCUACUGUCAAAGCAGCAGUAUGGCGAGGUGUACCUAUUGAUAUUGGUAAGAAUUUCAUUAGAAAUCAAACUGUGACGUGGUGGAGUGUUAAUUCAUGUUCAUCAUCACCGAACGUAAUUAAGAAUUUUCUUGGUGGCAACAAAAAAUCAACUCUAUUCUUAAUCGAAGCUCUCAAUGGAAAAAAAGUUUCUGGAUAUACAGAAUAUGAAAGUGAAGAUGAAGUUAUUUUACGAAUGGGUACCGAAUUUCGUGUGAAUGGUGAUCCUUUGGCUCAAUCGAAUAGUUCAUGCAUUGUACAUUUAAUUGAAAUUGAUGAUAAUAAUGAUCAACCAUUAGCAUCUGCUAUGAAUCAAAUGCAAUUGACUCCAGCAGCAUCUGGUAAGUCAUUUAUAUUUUUUCUCUAUCAAAUAACAUCUUUUAUGGUGUCGAAUGACAUCACACUGAAUAAUUAA